UGAAAGCUUCACUUUGGAGGUAGAAAGUGAACAGGGAGGGUUGUAAGCGUGGCACCAAGGGACCUCCCCCGACCCCCUGUAUUUACCAAUAACAGGCGUCUGUUUCCCAGCACUACACCGUCCCAGAACACGGACCCCCUCUGAAAGGCAAAAUCUUCCCUCUACCUCGACAAAAUAAAUGCCAAGAGAAACAACAGAAGCGCCAACAGACACGGACUGCUGCUCAGAAGUGGAGAGAAAGACCAACGGUUGGACAAACACGUAGAGGAAAACAAACGCGCGCGGACCGUCGCCGCUGCCUUUUCUCAAUGCAUACCCUUUGUGCCCGGGGAACGAUGAAACCAGAGAUCAACGCCGCCGUCGGAUUUCUGUCGAGAUUUCUGAGGGUAAAAGGACACGUAAACGAUCGACAGGUCCAAACAUUCAGCCAAAGCUUACAGGACAUUUUGGCAGAGCAAUACAAGCACCACUGGUUCCCAGACAGACCCUGCAAAGGCUCGGGUUACCGCUGCAUCCGCAUCAACCACAAGAUGGACCCCCUGGUGUGGCAGGCGGGCCAGCGCAUCGGCCUGACCAUCCAGCAACUCUACCUGCUGCUCCCCAGCGAGCUCACGCUGUGGGUGGACCCCUUCGAGGUGUCCUACCGCAUCGGCGAGGACGGCUCCAUCUGCGUCUUGUAUGAGUCACAGCCCGGCCCCCAGGGGAUGCAGAUGACGGCCUCUGCCAGCUCCCCCUCAGGAACCAGUGGGACGAUGAGUCCCAUGGUGGACAGUCACAUCAGCUGCAAGGAGGAACUGAUGGUGCUGGGCAGAACCAGUCCCUCCAAAGCCUACAAUAUGAUGACUGUGUCCAGUUAAAGAGGCACGCCGUCACACGCCGGCCUACUUUUUUUGUUCAGGGUCACGCCAUGGCUGGUCAGAUCAUGUUGGCCAGACCAGGGCGAGCCUUUUUAAAGCUAAGAAUAUGAAAUGAUAGUGAACGAAGAAAAAGAAAAAAAAAGCAGAGGAUGUGGCCUAUCGUCCAGGUGAUGGAAACCUUGUAGGUUUGAUAUUUUUUACCCCCUUCCCCUUUAUUAUCAUCUGUUCUGUUGUGUCAUUGGAUCAGCUGGGCACUCCGGUUUUUAGGAGAGGCUUUGUGGCAAUGGAACUGUUGGGGCAGCUAAACCAACCAACCAACCAUCCAGGAACCACCCCCCACCCCAUCCCCCCCACCCCCCCAAUGGAGACCGGCUCCACCAACCCCCUGUAAACAACAUGGUGAUCAGCUCCAUCUCUACAGGGGCUAUCAUUGACUUUGCACUUUUCUUACUUGUGGUUACAAUGGGUACAUAUUCAACACGUCACCAUGAAAACACCAAAACUUAAAAUUUACGGAAUUUAAACAGGAAUUACCCUUGAAUUUCAACAAUCCUGUGAUUAUUUCAUCUGUUUUGUUUCUGGGAAGGUGGGAGUUGUAGUCUGAGUCUUUCACAAUCUGCUCAAGGUAAAGAAAUACCCAAUAAGAGCAUCUCUAUUUUCUAUAACCCCUCUUUUUGGACCACAGGGAACUAGUUUUCUUUAUCUUGCAGCUGGAAAAGCUCAGAUCCUAACUCCUGCCCUCCCCCCUUCUACCAUCAACUCCAAGCUUCUGAAAAACUCAUCUCAACCGUUUCUUGGCCUGUAUGUAAGUGCAAGUGGAAUGUUUUGUGACACCUGCUACCUGUGGAUAUCAGCGUGUCCUGUUGCACUGUCGCCCUCCCAUCACUCAUGUAUGUCUAGCUUUUUCCAGGGGAGGGCAUGGGGGGCCCUGCUCCUCUACCUUCUCCUUUUAACUCAUGAAUGUUGUUGAAGAUCACAAUCAAGUUCCUGUGUUGUUGCGCCCCCUUUUCCUUUCGCCACUUUAUCGUCUCCUGCAUCACCAAAAUUCAAAGUGUAGCAAAAAAGGGGGGCCUGUUUUACCCAAAAUUUGUGGUCACGCGGCCCUGUUAGGAUUGACAUUGAAUGCACUUUGACGUUAGAUUGUGUGGGAUGUGUACUUCUUAGAGAAAAUCGCCUGCAUUCCAUCCACUCGAAUGUCAUCUUUUCAUGCCGGUUUUAUCGCCCGCCUCAUUUUUUAAGCCGUUUUGUUCAUACUGUAGCUCCCACGUUGGGAUUGAUGAAAUCUGUCUUUUAGAAGAAUCAGGAGUGUCCAACUCUGGAUUUCAAACCCUCUUUUUUAUUACACUGUAUUUGAACAUUUCAGAGCUGUUGAUUUUUAGGCGAGGAGAGUAUGUUUGGUGGUUUGUUCCGAAACAUUCUGUCAUCAUGGCACUGGUUCGCUUUGGCAGGAUGCAGAGCUAAGCUGUUUCCCCCCACCUCCACCCCAGACACAUACACAGAUGGAGAUUUGUGUUGCUGUUCGAGAAAAGUUAGUCAGAAAGGUCUGGACUCAGUGAUGACUGUGUGAGACUUUGGCCAAAGGGAGGUCUGGAGCACCGACUGUUCAGAUAUUAACUUGAAUUUCAAACACCAGGCCUGGUCAGCCUUCUGUUUUCAUUCACGUUAGCUACUUUUAAGGUGUUUUCAAAGGAGAGACUCACCCUCAUGUCUACAUUGGAGGUGCAUUGCCUUAUGAAGACCUCAUUGUUGUGAUUUAUGAGCCAGUUGUGAUUUGAAGUAAUAUCAGGCUUAUAAUAAGCUGCCCGGACCCUCGCUACUCGAGGCAUCUGCUUUCCAGUCUGGCAGCUUUACCCUCCCCCUCCCUCACCCUCCUUUCCAGGCGUGAGGGUUAGAGUGCCUCAAGUGCUGCAUAUCACCCCUCAGCUCAGACCUCCUGUUCAGCCAAGCCAGCAUGCUGCUAGCCGACCCCCUGUGGAUGCAGGUAGACUUAAUGUGACACAUAUCAUUGUCCAUCCAGCAGAGAGGGGAGGGAUGGGUAAGGAAGGCAGGGACAGGAGGGGGAGAAGGCGGUGUGAGAGAGUUUAGGGGGGCAAGGGCCGGACUCUUUUUGUCCAGGGCAGCUAAAAUCCCUCCAGCCCCUUUAUCUCUGGACUUAUUCAGCACCCCCUCCUUACCCUGACCAGAAGCCCUCGACCCUUUCCCUCAGCGGCGAUGGACACAGAAAAAACCAGCACACGCUCCAGGCGUGCUCCAGCUGCACUAGGGGGGAGCUAGUUUGAUAAAGAUUUGAGGGUACUAGGCUGUUUUUUUUUUGUUUGUUUGUUUUCAUCUCACUGGAUUGCAACUUUGUUUACAUGGAUGUGAUUGGCUGUCUCGACGUACCCCUGCUUCACUCAUGGUUCUGGGGCCAAAGGGGUUAACAGCGAGCCGGAACAGAUGCUCGGCCGGCUUCGGGUGUUGUUCGGGCCUCAGCCUGCUUUCCAAAUCUGUCACGGCAGGCUGGUUUUGGCGCUCAUCACCAGACCUAUGGGUGUUUAAGCUCCCCUAAGCUUGAGAGGAUCAUGGGUAAUAGAGCUAUAGCCUUUGACGCACUGCAACCCCCUCCUAAUAACACCCCCCCCCCCCCCGCACUCUGCUGAUACUCCCUUCAGCAAUCUGUGAAAAGCAGUGAUUCCACGUCGGACAGAUGGAGAGGAGCGGACCCACAGCUUUUUAGUUUCCAUGUUGGACACCAGUUUUAAAAUCACACUGCUCCGUUUAAGCUUUUCAAGUCAUGUGACUUUGUGUUUUUUGAGAUUUCGGACACAAACCUUUUCUCUCUUGAUGUAUUAUUUUGGUCACACUGGUAGAUUUUCUCAUUUUUCCAUUCUGCCAUCCCCCAUUCUCUCCCAUUUAUCCUCCUUUUGAGAGGAUUUUUACUCAGUCUGGUGAUCUAACCUACUUUUAACAGACUUUUAGAGCGACAAAAAUCCAAAACCGCCCUUCGUCACCUUCUUAACUCUACCUUCACCACCUGAAAUGGUUUUAUUCCUCGGUAAUAUCGAUGACCUAAAUGGCAUCCAUUCAGCUUGUGUGCACAUAGGUUACAGAAUCGUUGUGAGAGUGCUUUUGAGUAGUCGGAGGUGAAAAAUAGCACAUAAAAUGCACUAAAUAUGUCAAGUUGAAGUCGUGUGACAUUUUUUCGAGACGCGAGGAGUCUCUCCUGGAAUGUAUUGCCAAACUCAGGCCUCGGACAUUCAAUAAAUACCCUUGUGGAAAAAAGUUGUGCAUGUUAAGACAUGAUACAAGGAAGGGAACAGCAGUUUUGUUGUUGUUGUUGUCGUCGAAAAAAUUGUCAUUGAUUAGUUGAAUUAUUGCCACUUUCACAUUGAGGUGUUUUACAUAUUGUAGAAUGUAUUGUAACUGUACAACAAAUGGUAGAGUACAUAACAUUACACAUGGGAAGUGCCAAUAAUUGCUAUCCUGAAGUGUUUUUAGAUGUAUUCCUUUUUUGUAUUUCAUCUUUUAACAUGGAUAACGCUUUUUUCGUAAGUGAAGCCAUUUUUGUGAUGGGAGUGUUGGCAAGGACCAAAGCUGUUUUGGUAAAAAAAAAAAAGAUCUUAGUUUCCAUGAUCUGUAAGUGUAGACGUAUCCUUUGUUCUUUUUUUUCUUUUUCUUUUCAUUUUUUUCCUUUUUUUUCUAUUUACCUACAAAACCAGAAAAUAGACAAAAAAAUCUGAGCUUACCCAAGAAGAAAAGCUGUCUAUCUUGUGAUCUCAUGUCAGUACAUCUUUAUCGUGUUCAGUUUCUUUUCCUUGGGUAUGUUGUGAUGAACUGCUGUAAAUUUGUACAGUUCAUGUAAAUUGAUUGUGCGGAAGUUGUACAGAUUUCUAUAUUUUGGAAGAAAAGUUUUUUUUCUCUGUAAUAAAAGAUUUCCUAUCUUGGCAUCAUA